GAAACACGCAUGCGCAGAGCUCCACUCCUUACUUUCACUUUAUCGCUGACGCUGGAGUCAGUGAAGUCACUCUCUGUAAAUUCCCACAAUAAACAACAACAAACUAUAUACGUAAACUUCACCUUUAAAGUCAUGGUAAUCUGGUGAAGUUAUCAUUUGGCCGGGGCACCGUCUUCUUGCACAGACACUAAAAUGAACAGAAUCCGUAAACAACAUGGUUAGCUAACUGAAGAGACAAUGUUCUGACAGAAACAACAAACUGUUUUUGGCGACUGGCGACUCCGAACUCAAGGAAAGUUGAAUUAUUUGCACACUAUGGAGCGUCCUACCCUGAAAAAGAGCCCGACAUGCAUCAGUUGGACAAAUAAAGAAAGACUCGGGAUGGGAGGCUUUGGGCAUGUCUACCUGUACCAACACAAUGAGACGGGAGAGAAGAUUGCUGUGAAACUUUGCCGCCUGGACUUGAGUGUGAAGAAUAAAGAACGCUGGAGCAGGGAGAUUCAAAUCAUGAGGAAGCUGAACCAUGUGAAUAUUGUUCAGGCCAGAGACGUUCCAGAAGAUGUGACCUCCAUCGCUCUCAAUGACCUACCUCUGCUCGCCAUGGAGUACUGUGCCAAAGGAGAUCUACGCAAGGUUCUGAAUAAACCAGAAAACUGUUGUGGACUGAAGGAGAGUGAAGUCCUGUCACUUCUCAGUGACAUUGGUUCGGGUAUCCAGUAUCUCCAUGAAAAUAAGAUUAUUCACAGAGACCUAAAACCAGAGAACAUCGUUCUGCAAGAGAUUGAUGGAAAGCUUGUCCAUAAAAUCAUAGACCUGGGAUAUGCAAAAGAUCUGGAUCAAGGAAGUCUUUGUACAUCUUUUGUUGGGACUCUUCAGUACUUGGCUCCAGAGUUGUUUGAGAGUAAGCCAUACACUGUAACGGUGGAUUACUGGAGCUUUGGGACGGUUAUUUUUGAAUGCAUUUGCGGUUUUCGACCCUUUCUGCACAACAUGCAGCCAGUCCAGUGGAUAAACAAAGUUAAGAACAAAGGUCCUAAAGACAUUAUGGCGGUAGAGGACAUGAAUGGAGAAAUUCGGUUCUCAGCACAUCUGUCAUAUCCCAACAACCUCAGCAAGCCGCUACUGGAGCCGAUUGAGUGUCUCCUUCAGAUGCUCCUACUCUGGGAUCCUGCUUUCCGUGGCGGAGGUCCGGAUCCAAAAACAAACAAGCCACGAUGUUUCACCUUACUGGACAAAAUUCUCAACAUGAAGGUUAUGCACGUCUUGGACAUGACGUCAGCCCAGCUGCACUCGAUGGUUUUGGGUGUUGAAGAGAGUUUUCUCUGCCUGCAGCGUCGUCUGGAGGCUCAGACUCAGGCACACAUCUCUCCUGAGAGUCAGGAGCUGCUGCUGGAGACAGGAAACUCCCUUGACCCACGGUGGGCGCCCAUGCAGUGUCUGCCAGACGGUUUGCGCGGCUGGGACGCCUCCAUAGUGUUCCUGUUUGAUAAGAGCCUUACCAAAUACUCAGGACCCCUUACUGCCAGACCCCUGCCAGACAGUGUUAACUUUAUCGUCAGGGAAACAAAGACACAGCUACCCCUGUCUCCUCUUAGAAAGGUGUGGGGGGAAGCCCUCAGCUACAUAUGUGGUCUUAAGGAGGACUACCUGCGGCUGUACCAGGGGCAGAGAGCUGCAAUGUUAAGUCUGCUGCGUUACAACUCCACCUUGACGCAGUACAAGCACCGCCUCUUCUCCUACUCACAGCAGCUGCACGCUAAGCUAGCCAUCUUUAAGACCAGCAUCCAGCAGGAUCUUGAGCAAUACACCAAGCAGAGCAACAGCGGCAUCUCCUCGGAGAAGAUGCAGCGGGCAUGGCAAGAGAAUGAACAGAAGGCUGAUGGGUUUACACAGGUUGCAAACGUGUCGGGUCUUGACGAAGAGAUAUUAGCGCUACAUUCUGAAAUCGUGGAGCUGCAGCGGAGUCCGUUUGCCAGGAAACAAGGAGAUGUGAUGGAGAAGUUUGAAGAAAAGGCUGUUGAACUCUACAAGCAACUGAAAACUAAAUGCAAAAGUAACGACCCUCCACAUGGGUACAGUGAUAGCUCAGACAUGGUGCGGACGAUACUCCAAACGGUUCAGAAUCAGGACAGAGUUUUAAAAGACCUCUACACUCAUCUAAGUGCAAUCCUGAUGUGUAAGCAGCGCAUCGUGGAUUUGUUCCCUAAACUAGAAAAGGCCGUCGUGAACAUCAAAGCUGCAGAAACUGAAGUGAUGCAAAUGCAAACAAAGAGACAGAAAGAGUUCUGGUUCCUUCUCAAGAUUGCCUGUGCUCAGAGCAACUCUCAGCUGUCGUCACUUAAACAAAAACAGCCAAGUGAUGGUGAAACGGUUCAACAACUUCUGGAUGAAAAUCAGCGCUAUCUGAAUCAUCUUACAUCCCUGAUGCAAGAUGCCACCCAAGAAUUGAAGCAAAGUGUUAUGGAUCAGGACUGGAGCUGGGUUGAGUUUGGAGCAAACAAAGUGGAUUCUCAGUAGCUCUAAGAGCUUUCAAAGAAUGUAUGCUUUGAUAAGUGCCUUUCCUGGGGCUAAACUAUCUGACAUCUUUCUGUUUUGAGUUGUGUAAUAACCAUGAAUCCUGUAAGACAAUAAUAUAUAAAACAUCAUGACAAAGUAAGCUAUGCAUGUUUUAGGUUCGUAUAUUACAGAAUGUUAACAAUUAUUUCCAGCUAGAACGUAUUUAUUUUUUUCUAAAUUACCUUGAGUUAGACACUGUUUUUGAUGAAACUGCACGGUGAAAUGUGAAGAGAGUUUUAUAAAUGUUGAAAACAUGCAAUAAUUCAUCUCUGUUUUCUUUAUUGCUUAUCUCUCUUUUUAACUAUAUAUGCAAACCAAUUAAAGGCUGCUGGCAAUA